AUGGAUUUUCUUCUCGCAGAAAUCAACAGAAAAAGUAAACAGAUCGAACAAAAUGAAGUCACAUCGGUGAGUAUAUUAAGUUUGUGACCAACAGUUAUUUUGAUAGUGAAAGGUGUUGUAGUUCAAAGCGAGCAUCAAUCGAUUUAUGACUGUGACUCGAGGUGCAUGAACAUUUGCAUUUAACCUUACAAUGUAAUCGUAGUUAAGCUUAUGUUUUCAGUUUGUAAGCUGAACAGAAAUAAUUUGACACUCUUAGCUGUUUAAAAUGAUUCGAGUGUCAAACUGAAAGUAUAUUAAGACGAAUGCUACUUGCAUAAUGAAUGAAAUUGCUUUGUUGAAAUUCGUGUGUCGACCAUCCAUAAGGCAAGGCUUAUGGAGAUAAAAUGUAGCAUGACGUUGAGUUAUUUAAGGUACCUUCAUCAGUAGUGCUCCUUUGUUUAAACUAGAACACCAAGUCAGAGACUAGUGGGACUGAACAAAGAGAAAUGAGUUACAAAUGCAACUAUAUAAUACAGACAAAAUUAUUAAACGUCACAGUUCAGACUCUUGUAGUAAAAGUCUGCAAUGGAAAACUUUUUCCGUUUUUGCAUAGCCUGAUAUAAACACGAGAGGGUUGGGAGAAUUCGAGACAGUUAUGCAAACCCGAGACGAAGUUAAGGGUUUGUAUAACCGUUGAGAAUUCUCCCAACCCCUCGAGUGUUUAUAUCAGGCUAUGCAAAUACAGGAAAAAGUUUUCUAUUGCUUUUAUAAAUUAACUUCCCUGAGAAAAAAAAACAAAACUCUUUGUUAUCGCACUGAUUAAAAAAGAAAUUCUUACCAUUCGCGAAGUCUUGUACAUGAAGCCUUGCAUGUGUAAUCAGUUCUUGUUUUUCAAAAAAGAUCCUUUCCAAAAUAUGGAUUUUUUGCACUUGAAAUGUCAACUUUUAAAAGUGAAAAUUAUUGACACAGCAUAUUUGGAAAGAUUUUCCAAUUUUCAGCGGACGAGGCAAUGGGUAAAUAAAGUAAACUUGUAGAGUUGUCAACUCAAAAAUUAUUUCAAAUUGGUGCUUGUGUUAUUAGUGCACGAAAAGCAAAACAUUUUGUUGUCACAACCUUGUUUACAUACUCUCAUGCAAACAUACCUCUCGGCCAAUCAGAGUGCAGGUACUAUCUUAGUUAUUGUAUAAAAAUAAUAUAGAUAUUGUAAGCAGUAUCUGUUGUAGAUGUUGUGGUUUAAUUUUAGCCUUGGUUUAAAUUUUAUUUCCCUUUGUUGUUGGGUAUGGUAUGAUAAUGAGUUUGAAACGAAGGAAAAUAAAAUUUAAACCAAUUUUAAUAUUUAUGAAAAACUACAACAUACUUAGGUAAAAAUCCAUUUUCAGGUUAAAUCAGGAUUCCCUUUGUCCCCUAUUAAUAAUAAUACUACAGCUCAGAAUCAAACAAGGUUAAAAAUAUUGUAUUAAUAUGAGAACAGCUGUUACCUACAUGCUGCUCCUUGGUUUAACUUACUUGUACCAAGUACAGUCUAAACAGCGUUUUUUCUGUAUUUAUUUUUAGAAUAAGAAGUACUUUAGAAGAGGUGACCUAGCAGCAAAACAAGCAGAGGAAUACAAGAAGAAACAAGAGGUUCAGUGUUAACAUGGCUACUGUAUUUAUUUGAUUAGGUUCCCUGGGGGUAUUAAACUUUUGGGCCUUAAGUGUGAGUGCUUAUUCAAGGCUGGGGGCAGGGGCGUAGCCAAGAUUUUUCAAAGGGGGGGUCACAGAGGCUACUCACCAGAUUGUCAUGUCGACCUCCACGCCCAUAUUAAGAAGAAGACAAGAGCCAUUGACGAAAAUGCUUUACAAAAAAACAAAUUGUAAAAAAGUGGGCUUUUUAACAAUGGCUUUUACCACCAAGAUAUUGUCUGUUUGCUCAAAACAAGGCCUACUUAGGGGGGGUCACGGGCACCCCAGGACCCCCCCUAGCUACGCCCCUGGCUGGGGGCUUGUUAAAUUUUUAUUAUUUUGAGCAUGUAUUAAGUUAGUUUUAUAAUAAAACAGUAAAUAAUAACAAAAUGUGAAGAUGUGCCAGAGCAGAGUUUUAACUGUUCAUCGAAAGUUUGUUUUAAAAAUGGCUUUAAAGAAAACUUUCUCUUCGGAGAAUUCUGCAAAUGGGUCAGUUGAAAAGAACCAAUAAAAACUUAAGUGGACAAUAAAAGUAUUGGUCAUUAUUUCUUUACUGCCCAAUCUGAGAUGGGGCAGUAAAGAAAUAAUCACCAAUACUUUUAUUGUCCACUUAGGUUUUUUUGGGGGGGAGGGUGGUCAGUAAAACAUCAGAAAGCCCCUUUAGUGCCUCAACUAAGUGUCUCAACUAAUUUUGUCACCAAUUGUAGGUUAAAAAAAAUUUUAACCUGUCUUUGUGUUUUGUGCUGAUAAUAGUAAUUUAUAGUGAAAAGCUUUGACUGCCCCACUGGGUUUUAGCUACUCUGUCAGAGUACUUCCUAUACAAUAUAAUAUUCAUUUUAAUUUCUUUCAGGCAAAACUGGCAGGUGCCACUCAACGUCAGACAGAAUUCUAUCUUAUUUUCAUGAGAAAUUCUUGAUCAUGAGAUCUAGCUAUAACGUAAAGGAUGUAGGGGCAAGAGACAAGGGUACUGAUCAUCAGAUCUGGAGGAGCUACAAAAGUGGACAGAAGUCGUUGAGACAGUUAUGCAAUAUUGCCCCCCUUCAAGUACCUGAGUGUAAUUUCAGCAUGCCCUUAUAAAGCUGCGCUAUGUUUUUGACAAAGGUUUUGCAGAUCUCUCUCCCUCAACCUGCUGUAUGUAAUGCUAUAUAGGUACAUUGUACAUGUACAUAGCACACAAACAAUCAGGGACAAAAGUCCUUGUGAUAGUCGUGUAGUAUUCGUUCUUACCUGUAAUUUCAGGA